AUGGACACCGUCACGCUCUCGCUGACGGUUGUCGGCUUGAUACCGGUAGUCGCCGACGCAAUUCAGCGGGUGCAAGCAUUUUAUGCGGACGCGAGGAACGCCAAGGCCCUCAUUCAGCAACUGAUGGAAGAGCUAGAGGCCUUGCGGGGCAGUCUGGUCUCACUGCAGCAACUCCUUGAUAGCCCUGCAAUCAAGGCAAAGGGCAUCAAAUUUGACCAAUCCUCGGUCCUUGUUUCUUGCUCCAAAGCUUGUGAGGUCAAAUUGCAGUCUUUGAAAGCAUUCGAACAACGCCUUUACGAGUUCAGAUCAAUCCAAGGUGAUAUCCACAGCCUAAAGACAGUUGUCAAGAGUCAAGUCAAGGUUAUGGAAGAUUCUCGCCGAGAACAAAAGCGGCGCGAAGUGCUGGAUUGGAUUUCCGACUUCGAUCAUGAAAGAAGACACUUUGAGGCCAAGCACUCGCGGGUAAAUGACACUGGUAGUUGGAUUACCGAGAAUGCCUCUUUCGAAAAAUGGCGAGAUGAUGCGUCAUCGCCGAACGUGCUUUGGUGUCAUGGGUUGCCUGGCCCAGGCAAAACGGUCUUGGCGUCCGUGGUAGUCGACCAUCUGAGGAUGUUGCCAACGUCGGAGGUAGCUGUAUCGCACUUCUACCUGAAGUACUCUGAUGAAGGAUCACAGAUCCUGUCCACCAUUCUGGCGUCGGUUCUGAACCAGGCGCUUUUUGAACUGCCGGAAAUACCCAAGGCCGUCAUUGAAGCGUUUAGAAGGAACAGAAAUGGUAGCCGCAUGAUGGGCACAGCCGAUGCCAUGCAGAUGCUGCUUGAUGUAUCAACUCCCCGACGGCGGCUUUACGUUGUGUUGGAUGCGUUGGAUGAGUGCGACCCAUGUCAGCGCCGAAGGCUGUUACUCGCCAUAGGCGAGCUGGCCGGAUGCAAUUCAAUCAAGAUUCUUGUAACCAGCCGCUGCAUAUACCGGAUAUCGUAG